UACCUUCAUAUAUAUAAUAUACUUCUAAAAGUACUCAUAAUUCUAUAUCAAUUGAAUAGUAGGCAAGGAGCCCAAAUUUUAGAGUUGCUAACAAUCAAAUACUGCAAUACACCUUCACGUCAGCGAGGUAUUGGGAUAUACAGGAUGAAAAUGUUUUUAUUCAUUCACCACCAUAAAGCUCGCCUUAUAAUAAACAAAAAGUUUCAAGUUGCACGGUUUUUCUUACCGCCAGUUGCAUUACUUAUGUAUCGAUACCUCGUUUAUAUACGGCCUGUCGCCUACACUAUUUAG